AAAUAUUAUUUUCCUUUUCUUGAAGAAAACCAAAAACAACUUUGUUGUUAUUUUUAGUGUCAAAAAAACACCUCUGACGGCCUAAUAGUAAAUGUUACAAAAACAAUCAUUACUUUUCAAUUAUAAAAAUAGUACGAGACGUUUGAAACAAAAACCUGGUCCUGUAUUUUUUCGGUAUAACGGUUUCUUUUCUAAUAUUUUUACGCGCGAGUGCCUGCGUGUGCGUGUUUGUUUAUGUUUUUGUGUAUAUACAAAAAUAAAAAUAAUAAAGAAAAAACAAAAAUAAACAAAUUUAUAAAUGUCUACUGUCAUAAUAAAUAGUGUAAUCAAAUGAAUGUAUGUUUGGUUAAUAAAUGUCAUUAGGGAUUUACAAUGAUACCAAUGCCAUCCAUAAAGCUAAUGGAGUUCAAGCAACUCUUUUUUAAUUAAAUGCAAAAACAAAGGGGGAAUAUGAAAACAGCUUACAAAAGAAUCCUGUAAUCAAAACCAGAAAGCAGUUAAAAAGUGAACGCAGUUUUUUUUUUAAAUGAUGUCAUUUUUAUUACAAAAAAUCUCUAAAAAAGUGUUAAAAUAUUUUAAUUUUAGCUUGAAAAUAAUAAAAAAUAAUUGCUAAAAUUUUUUUACAUAAAAUAAUACUCAAAAAAAGAGAAAGUAUUAGCAACGAGUGAAUUGUUUUUAAAUGAGUGUAAAGAAUUUAUAAUUUGAAAAGUAGAAAGAAGAUAAAGUGAAUAAAAAGUAACGCAUUUUGUCAAAAUAUAACUAUUUUAUUGGAGCUCAUGGAUAAGUGUAGCUGUUUUAAGGGAUCGUGUCACAAUGGAAAUGGAAACAAAAUUAGAUUCACGCCAGGGACAAUUUCCGGCCUCAUUUCCGGAUACGUUUAAGAACUUUUUCGCCAUGAUGAACGAAGAUGAGGAUCAUAUGGAUUUGUUUUCAAAUUUAUUGGAGGAUAAGGUAAUACCAAGAGCAAAUAAAUUUCAACAACGACGUUACAGUGGCAGUUUACGUUGCACAACAAAUCCUCACAGAGGUCAGGGACUGGAGGGAGAGCGUGAUGGUGGAGGUUUAACAACAGCGGGAACUCACAAUGUGGGACGUUCAAAUUCUUUUAGAUUCAAUAGACCACGUAAUGCAUUUAGUACAUCCUCCAGUUCAGGCUUAAACAGUUUGGGUGUAGUGGGCGGUGUUAGUGCGGGUGGUUUGGUAGGUGAACGUACUUGCAGUGCCACAUUAAGCAAUAGCAAAUUGAGUGGCAGUAGCAGUAGUUUAUUGUGUAAACAUAUUAAAUAUUGUUGUCUUCACCAGCAGCAACAGCAUCAACAGCAACAGCAACAACAACAGCAGAAGAAUUUAACACAGACUAUACCACCUUGCAGCCAACAACCACAACAUCAUCUGCAGCAACAACAACAACAACAUCAGCACCAGCAAUUGUUUCAACAACAACCCUCCGCACACCAACAACAGCCUUCAAUACAUUAUGUACAGAAAUCCUAUCAUCCUGACUACAACAGCAGCAACAAUUCCCCACAAAUUCCUAAUGCCACUUGUUCCCACAACACGAACAAUUGUUGCAGUAGUUUAGCAACAGCUGGUGCAGCAGCAGCAACAAAUGUCAUCAGUACACGUCUUGGACCAGAUGGUGAAGAUAAUGCAACGAGUGGUAUGUUAAAUAAUGGUCUGGCGAAUUGUUUAGCCAAUGGCCAACUUCAUCAACAUCAUCAACAACAGCCGCCACAGCAACAUCAUCAUCACCAACAACCACCAAAACGUCAUUCAAUUAUGGAACGUGCUUUUGACUUUGAUGCCAGUUGUGAUGAAAGUGAUACCAUCAGUACAACAUCAUCAACACCAACUACAACAAAUAUUCCCUACAAUAUUCUAAAACCAAUUUUAAAACAACCACAACAGCAGCAACAAAAUGUUCAUCAAAUACAUGUGGUACAACAAAACUCCUCCACAACCAUACAACCGAAAUCAAUACUAAAAGACAAUAGUCAGCAUCAACAGCAGCAACAGCAAUUGCAACAAUUGCAGCAGCUACAGCAGCAACAACAACAAAUACAUCGAACAUUACCACAACCACCUAAAAAUGCUGGCCUGGGUGCAUUUCAUACAAAAGAGACAGCAUUACAAAGAAUCCAACAACAAAGUGGUCUACUACAUGGCAGUCGUACAAAUCUAUCAAAUUUAUGUGGAGCAAAACCAACAUCAGCCACACCAUAUGGCAACAGCAGCAGUAAUACAGGAGUAGUUGGGGGUAUGAUCGGUGCCAAUCGUAGUUGCAGUACCUUCAAUAUGACCACAAUUGGCAUGGGUAGCAGUGCAGGAGUUUCUUCUUGUAGCUCUGGUAAUAAUGUUACUAAUGGAACAUUUGCCUCUGGCUCUGGAUUUAUGGAAUUACAUUCACCCUCUCAUGUGGGUGGUGGAGGACUAAUGUCAGCCACAGGUUUUAAUAAACUAAACGAAACUUUACUCAACACACAUGCAAAUAGUUUGAGUACCUCGUCAACGAGAAAUAAUCUACAAUCGAUAAGAGCACAAAAGUCACCCAUCUUAAAUAGAAGACGUUCAUCGUCGAUUGUGGCAAAUCUUCUUACAGCUGAUUUUACCUACAAUCAAACGUCGGCAUCUACACCCUCGUCAGCAACGGCAAAUUCCAUAACAGGGGGCAACAAAAAUAUGAAUGAUGUUACCCAUGUGGGCACUUUAUCUCACAGUAAUACACGUGAUCGCAUUGCUUUAGUAAAAUCACCUGUGACACAUACGAAACCUUCACGCAUGAAUUUGAUACCAGUUGACACAGGUGGUGUUUUAACAUUUCAACAAGCCAUGUCAGGUGCUGUUUCACCUCAAUACUCGGCAGCCACCUCACCCCUCUAUGCACCCAACUCCAUGGUUGGUAGUAGCAUUAAUAGUCACUUGCCCUCAUCAGCCUCUGCAGCGGCUGUUGCUGCUGCCAAUGCCACAAACUCAACAGAACUUGACAUGUUGCUCGAGGAUACAACAUCAACAGCAUCACCCACAUCAACAGUGUGUUGUGGUGAUGGCAGACCACCGAAUGGACCAUAUGUGGCCGAUACACCAACUGGAGAUUGUGGUAGUGGCAUGAGAACUAGAAAUGACCACCAGUUUCCCCAUGCAGAUGGUGACUUGGAUUCACCUACUGCUAUGCCCCAUGAACGUAUAGCGGGUGUUGGUUCGAGUCUUAUACAUGGAGGCAGUUCAGCAACGAUUGCUCAAUUGGGCAGCAGGCAAAGGCAACGUAUGCGCACCUCGAGCAUGCCAGCAGAGAGUAGAAAGUGGCAUUAA